UUUAUAGAAAAUUGAAGCUUAACUGUUUGAAUAUUUAUUAUAUUAUUAUCAUGUUUAUCGGUUAACGUCAGAAACAGUUAAACAUGGAUUUCUUUGGGAUCGCAAUAAUUCCAGGAUGGCUUGUCACGAUCUUAUUAUUCUUCAUGACUAUGUGUUUGUACUCUUUAUACUGCCAAACAACUUUCUGGAGACUUGGUAUUCCUGGGCCUAGGCCAACUUUAUUCUUGGGAAAUAUUAUGCAAUUUAUAAAAAAGGGUGUGCUUCAAACAGACCUUGAAAAUGUGCAGAAACACGGAAAGUUUUUUGGGCAGUAUGCUGGAAAUUUGUCUUCACUAACUGUCUCUGAUGUUGAUAUCAUAAAACAAAUUUGCAUCAAAGAUUUCUCAAAAUUUCCAAACAGGCUGGCUAAAGGUGAUAACACUGAUCCCUAUAUGAAGGAUGCCAUGUCACUUACACGUGACGAACACUGGAAGUUUUUGAGAUCAUCAAUUUCUCCUACCUUUUCCUCCGGAAAAAUGAGACAGAUGACGCCAUUACUUCAGAGAUGUGUUAAUGACAUGGUUGAAAAAAUGAAGAAAGAUACAGAAAAUGGAGAAGUAGUGGAUGUGUGCAAAUACUGUGGUUCGUUUUCAAUGGAUGUUAUAGCCAGUACAGCUUUCGGUAUGGACGUAGAUGCCCAAAACAAUCCAGAUAAUGCGUUUAUCAAGAAUGCGAAGAAAGCUUUUUCAUCUGGGUUAAAAAAUCCUAUGGUUUUGUUUAUUCUAUUUUUCCCUUUCACGAGAAGAAUACUUUCAUACUUUAAAUUAUCAACUUUAAGCAAAGAAAUGGCGACCUUUUUUCACUCUGCUGUCAACACUGUUAUUGAAGAAAGAAAGUCGGAGAGCACGAAAAGACAAGACUUAUUAGGACUAAUGUUAAACGCACAUACAGACAAAGAAAUAAGUGAAGAACAUAUAGAAUUGUCAUCUACAACUCUAAAGGAUUUCAAGAAAAGACCCCUUACAAACAACGAAAUAUUAGCAAAUAGCCUUAUAUUCUUUUUGGCUGGAUAUGAGACGACUGCAAAUGUGUUAUCCUUCGUGAUGUAUUGCUUAGCUUUAUAUCCAGAUUAUGCUGACAAGGUUCGACUUGAAGUUGCUGAUAACAUUAGAAAGGAAAAACCAACAUAUGACAACGUCUCAAAGCUUCAAUAUUUAGAUAUGUUUGUGUGUGAGGUCCUUCGACUUUAUGGUACGGCUGCAAGGUUUAAUCGAACAGCAGAAGAAGAUGUAGAAAUUGGUGGAUAUAAAAUACCGAAGGGAACUGAUAUACAAUUUGCAAUAGGUGUCAUUCAUAGAGAUCCCGAUUUAUGGCCUGAACCAGAGGUUUUUGAUCCAGAGAGGUUCACACCUGAAAACAAGGAGAAACGUCAUCCAUAUGCAUGGUUACCAUUUGGUGUUGGUCCUCGUAAUUGUGUUGGUAUGAGACUAGCACUUACAGAAAUUAAAAUGGCUGCUGUUGCAAUGGUACAAAAUUUUACCGUUGUAAGAUGUGAUGAAACUGAGGUUCCAAUCACACUUGAUAAAGGUGGAUUUAUCAAAGCACAGAAUGGUAUUAAACUGAAAUUGGAGAAGAGAUAGAUUAGUAUUUGUAAAUGUUACAAUGUGUUGGAGAUGAGUUAUAUUGGUAUUUGAAAAUGGUUGCAGUGUGUUGUAUCAACAAAUAAAUCUAAUGUCUCAAUUAUACUGAAAACUUUUACAUAUUUUUAUCGCUUGUGACAAAUGAAGUCUUUUAUAUCAAUAAAUCAAACUUACAAUGUAA